GGUUCAUUCAUUGUGUGGUUGUAAACUUCCGGUCUACGAGAGUAGAGCGGUAGAGGGAAGAGCGAUAGAUAGCGAGAGAGAUAGCCUCUUAUACAUCCAUGGAGAUAGCGAUAUAGCAAAAGACAGCUUUGUUUACCCCCAAAAUUCAUUUUGCCCGGAAGUGACGGGGGAAGUGUGUUACUAUCUAUUGAUUGAUAUUGUUGAUGCUACUUGCCUAUCGUCCUGAGGAUGGCGCUCAUUUAAACGGAAGUCAUCUUGAAUUUUCCGGAUGGUUUCUGUGUGUUUGAGUGAAACGCGCUUUGUACGACGUCGAGGAGAAGUUAAAUACAACAUAUCUUGAUCUAACAUUACGUUAGUCCUCAAGAUGUCUAACACCAAACUGCUGCAUUUACGGAGUUUUUUAACUGAACGCUUAACUACCGCGGCCGUGGAGAUAUUUGGAGAAAUAGAAACUAUUGUGGAGUCUUACUACGAGGAAAACAAGCGCCUGCGGAAUGUGCUGCACAUGGUGCUCAACCCAGAGAUAAAGCUAUCGAAAAUAGAUGUUGGCCAAUACUCUGGAGCCACACAGGUCAGAGAGCAGCCCUGUGAGCUGAGAUCCAGGCUGGAACAAGAAAUACUAGAACCGUUGCCCAAAAAACCUAAAGAAGAGCCAAUUGAAUAUGACAUAGGUCAGGUAUCAGAACAACAGCAAGGACUGGGGGAAGUGGAUAACUGUAUAAGCUCAGAUUGUGUAAAAUAUGAAACAGAAGAAGAAGACAUAUGCAUGCCCUGUAUCACUAAUCCAUUCCACAUAAAGGUGAUUGAGUUCAGACCGGACUCAUCAGGCACUCUCGAGCCUAGACAGGAGGAGAACUGCUCCCUGUCGGUCUCAGAUGCGAUCACAGAUAACCCACAGCUACACAAAAGUGAACAAAGCUCAAGUCAAAGUCUGGAACUUCAAAAACCUGACAAAUUGUCAACAAAAAAUGUAACGGGUGUGCAACCAGGCAGAGUGAGUGACAUGGUGUUCAUUUCCACUAAGCCAAAGCAGUUUACAGUUGCUGACGGUGUAAGGAGUACACGUUACAAGGCCGUGCGGGGGGAGCUGCCAGACCCAGAUGUCCUCAAAGUCAGCGAGGCAUACAAGGACUUCUCAGCAGACAUCGCACCACUGAUCACCACCAUGGCUAUAAGUGUGGACGUGCCACUGGUUAACUCCACCUUUGGAAAAGUUCAGGAAGGUAGCCCUAUCUCAUACCAGCAUCCACUACCUCUUAGCCGGGUUAUAGUGCGUCACCCAGAUGCCCCUCCACCACCACCUCUACCUGUGGAUGGCUAUAGGCUGGAGCCUACCACCUGUGAGUUUGUGUGCAGUCACCAACAGCACCUCCAUCUACUGUCACUUGCGACAACAUUGCUCAUGGCAAGGAAAAUCGAGGUGGCCACAAGGGAGCAGAGCGACAGUGUGGAAUGGCACCGUGUUAGGAGGCCAAGAAUAACUUCUUCCCGUUUCCGAGAAGUAUGCCAUGUUCGAGGUCAGAGUUCGGCUGAAAACUUGGCACAACGGAUUCGGAAGGGAGUGGCACAAACGGCGUCAAUGAAGAGGGGACUGGCACUGGAACCGGUUGCCAUCCAGGAAUACUGCCGGAUUAAAAACACCAAUUACUGGCCGUGUGGGUUUGUCAUUCACCCAGAUGCCCCCUGGUUAGGGUCAUCUCCUUACGGUCUGGUGUUUGACCCAACUGAGAGCCCACCUUUUGGACUUGUAGAAAUAAAAUGCCCAAAUGCGAAGAGUUAUGUGGACUGUAGCUACUUAAAAAUGCAAAGUGGCACAUUAAAACUGAAGCAGUCUCAUAGCUACUAUUGGCAGGUGCAAGGCCAGCUCCUACUCACAGGGAUGGAGUGGUGCGAUUUCGUAGUUUUUGCAGAGGAGGAUAUCCUUAUACAACGUAUCUACAGAGACUGCGAGGUGGCUACAACCAUUAGGGAGAAGGGAGAUUAUUUUUAUUUUUAUUUUUACAUGGACUGAUAUGCACUACACUACAUCACACUAUACAUUACUGAUCUAACAUGAAUAUUUUCCUGUAUAUAGUUCUUUC